AUGGACGACACAUCAAAAACAAACAAUGUAACGUUCCAAGUCCUCUAUCGCAUCCACUUCCGCUACCUCUACAUACCCGGCCUGUACAUCCUGCUGCUCGGUUUCUUCACUUUCGGCCACGCAUUGCACACAGUUUGCACGCACCAGGACCCAGGCGGAUACUACAAAUUCUUGAUCUGGCUCGUCCUCGUAUUUGGGUACUUCGCAUCUCAUGCCGGCGCCCAUCUCUGUGUGAUCUGGCUCGUCUUCAGGGACCUACAGUUGCCGGAUAUGAGAGUCAUGGCCGAUUCUGCAAAGCGCACAAACACGGUCCUCCGAAGCAUCGCUAAGCUCGUUCCUUGGCGCCACGCGUAUAUACCUGGUCUGUCUUUCGUCGUUCUCGGCAUCCUCGUUCUUGCGCAAUCACUGCGUCUGCAUUGGAUGCAGCCUGGCCCUACGGACUGGGAUACGAUGCUACCUAUUCAUUUUCGCACAGUGCAGGGAGUGUCCCUCGAACUGGCAGGCUUUGUUGUUUGUAUGGGGUCGUAUGUUUUCAAGGGUGUGGAACUGGAGGACGCAGAAGAGACGCAGCAGAAGGGCACGGAUAUCAGGUAUGGGGUCGCUUUUGAGCGAAAGGUGAACGCUUCAAGCGGGCAUGACGGUACGCGUUGA